CACAGGCCCGGCCAGCACGUUUGGAGAGGCUCCUGAGGGAGAACGCAGUGGGCAUCCCAGCAGCCUCUUGCAGCCGGAGCCACAUGAGCUGGAUGAUGACGCGUGGGAGACCUCCCUGGACAUGCCUGAGGGUCUGCAGCUUACAGGAACCCCGGGCUGCACAGGGGAGCAGCUUGCGGGACUCUCGGAUGAGCCUGACCAAGGCCUGGCCCGUGUGUGUCUCCGCUGUGCACAGGACACAGCCCUAGAGGUGGAGGCUGAGUUGACGGCCCGAGUCCUGGCUCUGGAGACCGAGCACAAGGUACAGCUCAUGCUCCUGAAGACAGAGCUCAAAGAAGAGAUGAACUUCCUGAAAAUAGAAAACAGAAACUUGCAAGAGAAGCUGCAGCACGAAGUCGGCCUGAGAGAGAAUUUGGAGAAGGUAAAGCACAGUUUGAUAGAAGAUCACCUGGAAGAGCUGAAGAAAGCUAAGGAGAAACAUCAGGCCCUGAAGCAUGAACUUCAGGAAAAGGAAGCAGAGUGGACAGUGAUGAGUGAGGACCAGAAGAGAAAAGCUGAAGAGAAACUGACGCUCCUGCUCCUGGAGCUGAGGGAACGGGCAGAAUCUGAAAAACAGUCCAUUGUUGAGAAGUUUGAGCAUCGAGAAGCAGAAAUGCGGCAGCUUCAGGAGCAGCAGGCCACCCAGAUCCUGGAGCUGGAGGGGUCGCUGGUGGAACAGCAAGGCCGCCUGCGGCAGCUGGAGCUCGGGCUUAUUGGGGACGAGGCCAUGCGGUGCAGUCAGUGUGGCCGGGAGUCGGGCACUGGGCCAGCAGCUGUGGAUGGGGGCUGGGAGCUGGCCAUGCUGCGCCUGAAGGAGGACUGUGCGCUCCAGCUGAGGCAGGCCCAGAAUCGGUUUUUAGAGGAGCGUAAGGAGAUCACAGAGAAGUUCUCCGUGGAGCAAGAUGCCUCGCUACGGGCGGCCCAGGAGCAGCACGCUGGAGAGCUGCAGCUGCUGCAGCAGAGGCACCAGCAGCAGGUCCUGGCUCUGACUGCAGAGCUCGAAGUGAAGCACCAGGCCCGGCUGGCGGAGCUGAAGGCUUCGUUGGAGAGCGAGCACCAGGCCCAGUUUGAUGCCCGUGUGGCCGAGCUGCAGACCAAGCAUGCUACCCAGAUCAGUGCUUUGGAGGCCAAGCAUUCAUCAAACUUGGAUGCUCUGGAGGCCUGCUGCCUGUCUGAGAUUCAGGGCAUUCGGGAUGAGCACCGGCACACCCUGGAGCUGCUGCGUGCUGACUUUGAGGACCAGCUGCGGAAAAAGGACUCUUCUCACCAAGUGAGCUUGGCGCAGGAGCUGGAGAAACUGCAGCGGAAAAACGAUGAGGAGCGGCGUUUGGCCCAGGACAGCCCGAGAGUGGAGACACACAGCUCCAGCCCUGGAGGGGGUCUCACCUCCCCAGCCUCCAAGCUCCAACCUGCACAGCAGGAGGAAGAGCUUCAGCGACUUAAUGGUGAACAGACACGGUCUCUGUCUCAAAACGGAGAGAUACAUCCCUUGCCGCGGCCUCAGGAGGAUCCCCAGAUUCAGCAGUUGAAAGACCAGAUUUUAUCCUUAAAUCAUGAACUGGAAGUGCGUGAUUCAGAGCUGGAGAAGCUGCAGCAAAGGCGUGAGAGGGAAAACCAGGAAGGCACAAACCUCAUCUCCAUGCUGAAAUCUGAUAUCGACCAGUCUCAUGGAGAAAGGAGGGUGCUGCGCGAUACCCUGAGGAGGCUGUUGGGUCUGUUUGGAGAGACACUGAGAGCUGCCACUGCCCUGAGGAGCCGCAUCAGUGACCGUGUGGGGCUGUGCCUGGACAACGAGGGCCUGCCCGACGCGCAGGUUGGGGAUGCGGUCCCCCAGGCAGUGCCGGCUCUUGACGACACCUGGCUAGGCUCUGAGUUGGCUGAGCUGGAACUGGACACAACGCUGCGCGGAAGCAUGGAGGUGUCCUCACUGGCUGAGCUCAGCAGUCAUGUCUGUGAAAGUUUCUUCCUGAGCCCUGACCGCACCCUGGACUGGGAGCAGCCUGUGAAGAAGGUGUUCCAGAGCCUGGACCUGGCAGUGGACAGCCUGCUGGGAAUGGCCCUGGACUCCAGCAAGCAGCUGGAAGAAGCACGACAACUUCAUUCUCGCUUUGAGAAGGAAUUUAGCUGCAAGAAUGAGGAGAUGGCCCAGGUGGUCCAGAAGCACCAGGAGCUGCUGCAGCGUCUGGAUGAGGAAAGCGCCACCAAGUCACGGCUGGUGCUGGAGCUGCACAAGGCAGAGGGCCUCAUCGCGGGCUUCAGGGAGGAGCAGGCCAGCCUGCAGGAGGCCCUGAGUCGCAGGGACGCAUCGGAGCAGGACCUCGUCGUGGAGCUGGAGAGCUUGCGGGAGCGGCUGCAGCAGGCAGCUCGGCAGGUGUCGGUGCUACAGGAUGAGAACUCGGCACUACAGAGGCAGAAGGAGGUGGUGGCGGCAGAGGCUCAGGACAGAGAAGCCGGCCUUCCUGUUACUGUAGCACACAAGGAUUCAGCCCUGCGCACGGAAGUGGCGUCUCUCGCCCAGGAGCAUCUGGAGACGAAGAAGCAGUGUGAGAAGGACCGUUCUGCCCUGCUGUCACAGAUGAAGGUUCUGGAGUCGGAGCUGGAAGAGCAGCUGUCACGGCAGCAAGCCUGUGCCCAGCAGGCUGAGGAGCUCACAGCCCUGCGGCAGCAGAUGGAGUCUCUGGACAAGCACCUGCGCAGCCAACGGCAGUUCAUGGAUGAGCAAGCCGUGGAGCGGGAGCAUGAGCGCGAGGACUUCCAGCAGGAGAUCCGGCGGCUGGAGGAGCAACUCCGUCAGGCGGCCAGACUGCAACCCCAAGGCCCCCGAGAUAGCGAUCAGGCACAGCUGGGCCAAGAGGUUGAAUUAUUACAAGAAAAGUUGAGAGAACAGUCUGAUGGGCUGAAUGAACUGGCCAUGAAGAAGGACUUGGUGGAUAAGCGAGUGGCAACUCAGGAGCAGGAGAUCCAGAGGCUGGAGGAGGCCAAUGCCCACAGCAGCAGACUGGUGGCACAGCUGCAGGGGGAGCUGGAGCAGCAUAGGAGAAUCGUGCAGGGCCUACAGCAGGACCGAGAGGCGCUGCAGGAGCAACAGAUGAGCCACUUGCUUCUGGUGUCCUCUUUGCAGUCCAGGCUGGACGAGGCCAAGUGCCCCAUGCUCGUGCCAGGGGGCCGUCUUGAGUGCCCGCAAGGCCAGCUUGAGGCAGCACAGGAGGUACUCCAGCAGCGGGAGAACGAGGUUUUGGACUUAAAAGAGCAACUGGAAAAGAUCAGAGCUGAUAUGGUCAGUAAAGACGAAGAGAUGCUGCAACUGAACCUAAAGCAGAGCCAUGCGGCCACCUGCGUCCAGGAGUUGCAGGAGGAGAAUGCCCGCUUGAUGGCCGCAUAUGACAGGAGUUCUGAAAUUGAGGAACUGAAGUCCAUAAUUGAGAAUCUGCAUGAGAACCAGGAGAGAUUGCAGAAGGAUAAAGUGGAAGAGAUCGAACAACUCCAUGAAGUCAUCGAGAAGCUUCAGAGAGAGCUGUCCCUGGCGGGCCCUACGGGACACGAGGUCAGCAAAGGCCAGGCUGGGAGCCUCCAGAGCGAGCUAGAUGGGGCUGUGGCACAUGGAGCGUUGGCCAGUGAGCUCCAGGAUGCUCUGGCAGCCAAAGAGGCGUUGAGCCAGCUGCUGGCCGAGCAGGAGCAUGGGCACAGCCAGGCCCUGGAGACCCUGCGGCAGCGCCUGCAUGAUGCUGAAACGGCAGCUGCCACAAGGCUGGCUGAGCUGGAGCGCAGCACAGCCCUCAGGGAGACUGAAGCCCAGGGCCUGGCCUCCCGGAUCCGUGAGUGUGAAGCCAGAAUCGCAGACAGAGAGCUGGAAAUUGCCUGCCUGAGCAGACGCAGGUGGGCACACUCCACCCAGCUGGAGGCCAUCCUAGCGGCCUUUGCUCACUUCCGAGGGGCACUGGAGAGACAGUUGCUGGCGACUACCGAUGAGACGCCAGAGCUGCAGAGACUGCGAACACAGUGCGUCCGUCUCAGCCGUCAGCUGCAGCUGCUGAACCAGCGCUUCCUGCGGUGUCAGAAGGAGCUGGGUCGGCAGCAGCAGCCUCGGGGACCCUGCCACCUUCGUGGGGAGGGCCACUCCCUGGCACAGAGUCCCUGGUCCGAGGAGACCUCAGCAGAUCAAGACUUAGAGCAGGAUGUGGGCAGCAGGGUGCAGAGCUUGGCCUCCCUCGGCUGUGGCCGUGAUCCCCAGAGUCCAGUGGCGGCAGAGCUGCACCCGGACAAAGCCCUGGUGGUUUUCACUGAUGCUGGAACCCUCAAGCGUGACGACAUGUCGGUGCUCAGUGCCCGCCAGCAGCAACUGUGCCCUGAGCUGCUCUUGGUGAAGGCUGAGGGCCACCUCGGCAGCGAAUCAGUGCCUGUGCAGGACGAGGAGGAGUCCCUGGGAAAGUAUCAGCCGGGAAAAGUCGACCUCAUAACCCAAGUGAAGCAGCUGCAAGAGAAACUGAACCAUUUGGUACACUGCAUGAACUCCCAGAGCCAGAACGCAGAGGCAGGCGGCAGCACCAGUGACGGAGAAGAGGCCGAUGGACUGUGUCCUCCGACAGCAUCUCCUGCUGAUGAAGCCACGCGGGAUCUGGUCACCUGGCUUGGGGCUCAGGGCCCUAUGGGAGGAGUUAGGCAGUGGAGGAUCCCUGAUGGGGACCGCCCAGGGUCCCCCCAGGCCAGCUCAUGCUGCAGCCCCAGUGAACUCAGCCAUGCACAUGUUGGGGCUGAGUGCUUGAAGAACGCACUCAGGGCUUUGGACCUGUCUUCCUGGAGUUCUCCUGAGCUGCUCAGGAAAGACUCAUCCCUCGAGCCCCAGCCUGGCCUGCCCCUCACCCCAUGCAUGGAUGUCCUGAGCCAGUACAGCCUGGAUGUGUCACUGCAGGGCGGACUGAGUGACUUAGUGUCCCAGGCUAGCCGCCCGGGGCUGCUCGGUCCUCCGGAGGUCUCUGCACCAAAGAAGUCUCCACCAGUAGUGGACAGAAUAUCCUCAGCAGACCAGCACUUGCAGCGGACAUCUGUGGAGAAAGAUGUUGAAGAUUUUAUCAUAACAUCUCUUGAUACUCAAGAAAAAUCAAGCUCACCUCCCCCUGAGUUGGAAGGGAAGAGUGAUGGGAAUGGAAAGGGUGAUAGCUCAGGGCUUGGAGAGACACUGACCCAAGAUAUCCAGAGCCUCGCAGCUGCUUCUCCUGCUGUGCCUUCCCCCACUUCCAGAAAGUCGCGCCAUUGUUCAGCCGCCAUGAAGGAGAAGGACCUGCACCCACAGCAAGUGAAGGCUCUGCUUCAGAUGGUGUGUGAUGAGAGCCACCAGAUACUGGCCUUGUCCGAGUUCCAGGUCCCCCCAAGUGCCCUGAGCAAGGGGGAGCCCAGUGUCUCGCUCGAGCAUUUCCUGUGGGAAGGCCAUGGUGUUGUGGAUCCGACAUCGGUUCUAAAGGGGCUUCCAACCCCAGCAACCCAAAAGCGUGAGCAGGGUCAGAAGGAGUCUCUGGAACCCCCGCAGCCGUCAGAGAGGACCCGCCUGCUGUCGGAGAUCCAGGCUCUGCGUGCUCAGCUGCGUCUGACACACUUGCAGAACCAGGAGAAGCUGCAGCAGCUAUGCACAGCGCUAACUAGCACCGAGGCCCGAGGGAGCCGGCGAGAGCACCAGCUGCGCAGACAAGUUGAGUUAUUGGCAUAUAAGGUUGAGCAAGAAAAAUGCACAGCAAGUGAGCUACAAAAAACGCUGAAUGAAGAGCAAGAGAAAGCAAGUAACAGUCAGAAGCUUCUGGUGGUGGCACAGAACACUGCGAAGGAUCUGAAAUCUGAGCUCUGCGAGUGUACACAGGAGAAUGAAAGACUGCUACAGUCCCUCAAUGACGUGCAGAAGGAGGUUCUCCAGCUGAGAUCUGUACUGCAUGGGAAAGAGAAGGAGCUGCGUGCGGCGCUUCUGGAGCUGGAGAGCCAGCGCAAGCGGGAGUGCACCCUGCAGAGCCAGCUUGAGGAGGAGCGCCAGCGCCACCUGCACACAGAGGGCCAGAGCACUAAAAGCGUGGAGGAAUUAAAGGCGUCUCUGGACAAGCAGUUUGCUCGCAGUAACCGCCUGUGUGUUGCACUGAAGCAUGAACAGAUGACCAAGGACAAUCUCCAGAAGGAGUUGCGGAUUGAAUCGUCUCGCUGUGAGGCACUGCUGACGCAGGAGCGGGGCCGCCUAUCUGAGCUACAGCAGAGCCUGGAGGCUGAGCGCAACCGCACACAGGAGCUGACCGAGGCCUUGCAUCAUGAGCGUGUCCUGACAGAGCAGUUAAGCCGCAGAGCCCAGGAGGUCUGUGCCCUCCAGGAGACGCAGGCACAGCAGGUACUGCUGCGGAAGUUGGAGGAGGAGCAGGCCCGGGUGCGGGAGCUGCAGACCACACUGCAGAAGGCACAGCAGCAGGCCAUGCGCACACAGCAGCGGCUGGAGGCUGAGGCACAGAGGCGCUACACAGAGCUGCAGAAAGAGAAGGAGCGAGAAUUGGAGCUGCAGUGUCAGCGCAGUGAGCACAAGAUGAAACAGCUGCAGCGGAUGCUGGGAGAGCUGCAAGCGGAGGGUGCCGCACGGCCCAGCGCACAGUCGGAGCAGCUGCAUGCACAGCAGCAGGGACUGGAGAAGAUCCGGCAGCAGCUACUGUGUGCUGCGGGGCUGCUGACCAGUUUCAUCAACCAGACCUUGGACAGGACAAUUCAUGACUGGACGUCCUCCAACGAGAAGGCAGUGGCUUCUUUGCUGCGUACCUUGCAGGAGCUCAAGUCAGAGUUGACUGUACCCAGCUCCUCCCCGAAGAAAAUGGCAGCAGGGCUCCAUGUCCAGCUGGUGGAUGUUUUGCUGAAUGACAACGAGUCUCUCCGCAAGGCACUUGGCACAGUGGCUGAGGAGAAAGCGGAGCUGUGCCGGGCGGUGUCCAAGCUGGAGAAGACCCUGAAACACCACUUGCUAAAAGGCUGUGCACUGAGCAGGUCGGACAAAUCUAUGCGGAAGCUUGACAAGACGGCUCUGCAGAUCUCUUCCCAGCAUCCAGAGCCAGGAGUGAGGGCCCCGGCCCUCAGUGAGGAUGCUGACUCUGGCAGCUUCAAAAUGGAAAAAUUGUACCUGCAUUACUUGAGAGCAGAGAGCUUUAGGAAAGCCCUGAUCUAUCAAAAGAAGUAUCUGUUACUGCUGAUUGGUGGAUUCCAAGAUUCUGAGCAGGAAACACUGUCCAUGAUUGCUCACCUGGGAGUAUUUCCUUCUAAAACAGACAGGAGAGUGACGUCUCGUCCUUUCACAAAGUUCCGGACCGCCGUGAGGGUGGUGAUUGCCAUCUUAAGAUUGCGUUUCCUGGUUAAGAAAUGGCAAGAAGUGGGUCGGAGAGGAGCCUUGGUCCCCGGUAGAGCCUCCCGCCCAGAAUUCUUAAAACCACGGCAUCAGGAGUCUCCUCCCGAGAGCAGUGAGUCCCUACCAACCCGGGAUGUGUCUUCGAGUCAUAGCAGGGAUCCUGUGCCUAGAGCUUCCCUACGGAGAAGAGAAAGGUUCGCUCUAUCCCCAAAUUCCAGAUCAGAAAUAUCCCUGACUGUGUCUCAAGAUCCAGAACAUUCUUUGACAGAAUAUAUUCACCAUUUGGAAAUGAUCCAGCAAAGACUUGGGGGAGUACCACCAGAUUCCACUUCAAAGAGGUCCUUCCGCCAGAAAAUUAAACAAUGAAUAAAAAAAUCCUGUGGCUCUUACCUCUGAUAGUGCCAUUUAAGGAAGAGGAAGAGAUUUGUUUUCCUUUUCCUGAGGAAAACUGACAGUGCGACCUAACGUCCGGAGCAGUGCCUUCUCCUCACUCAGUGCCCGAGAUACCAGCCCUGGGGAUUAUAGAUUGGGUGGUCUCACCUUUCUAUGGGGCUACAAAGCCUAAUGGAGUUCUCCCCGGACCCUCUGUGUUGUUGUCACUCAACACAGAUGUGUUGUCACUCCUCCCUUCAGGAGCUACUUCUGUGCAUGUGGGCAGAGCCACCUGUCUUCUUCCAAAGAAGGGGGAGCAGACAUAGCUCCCUAUUGACUUGUUUCUUAAAGGGUACAGAUGUAAACUGGGUUUUAAAAUGCAAACAUUAAAAAAAUAAAUAAAAUGCAAACAUAAAGAAUAAAA